AACUCCAUUGGAGGACAACGAUCUGGAUGCAACUGUGACCCAAAUUCUGCAGCAUCAUCCCAACUCUGGAUACAAAAUGAUGGUUGGUCACCUGAAAGCACAAGGCAUAAACAUACAAAGACAACGUGUCCAGGAAUCCAUGAGGCGCGUGGAUCCUAAUGGAGUUGUGGUGCGCACACUUCAGCUGAACCCACAAAGGCGCAGGAAGUACUUUGUACCAGCACCGAACAGUUUAUGGCAUAUCGACGGAAAUCACAAACUGAUAAGAUGGCGUUUCGUUGUGCAUGGUGGUAUUGACGGCUUUAGUCGUUUAAUUGUGUACUUGAGUUCAGCCACCAACAAUCGGGCAGCAACAGUCUUAAGUAGCUUCUUGGAGGCUGUUGAUGUCUACGGCUUGCCAUCACGUGUCAGGUCAGAUAAAGGCGGGGAAAAUGUUGACGUUGCACGCUACAUCGUGGCUAACAGAGGACUGAACAGGAAUUCCCACAUUGCUGGCAGGAGUGUCCAUAAUCAAAGAAUAGAGAGGCUCUGGAGAGACGUUUAUGUGGGAGUGCUUGAUCUCUUCUACGCCAUCUUUACUAACCUUGAGAGAGAAGGUCUUCUCAAUCCUGUCAACGAGAUCCAUCUCUAUGCUCUGCACUGGUGCUUUCUGCCCCACAUACAGAAGCACCUUCAGUUUUUCCAGCGUGGCUGGAACUGUCACCGACUACGCACUGAGGGAAACCAAUCCCCGUUGCAACUGUGGACUCGCCAUGAACAUGAGGCCCAGCCAGAACAUAUACAGGCAAUUUUUUUUUUCUGUAACUGUCCUACAUGGAACAAUGUGUCCUCCAAAGAGACAUCACUGUCCUCCUCCUCAUCCUGUGUUGGCCACUUUAUCUUGUCCAAGACCAUCUGA